AUGCAUCUUUCCAAGAUCGCGACCGGCCUCGGUCUGAUGGCUGGCAUUGCUUCGGCAGUCCCCCACCGCACACUUUCGGCUCGCGCAAACUCGACGUCGAGCAGCCAGACCGUUGUAUACUGGGGCCAAAACGGCAGCGGGGCCACGGAGAACGAAGAUUUGAGCUCAUACUGCACAGCAGACUCUGGCGUCGAUGUUAUCGUCCUCUCUUUCCUGUACCAGUUCGGAAGCGGAGUGACCACCCCAUCAGGCGUCAUCGGCGAGUCCUGCUUCAUCAGCACCACUGGCGAGCCCCAGUUGUGCGACGAUGUCGCCUCGUCCAUCACCAAGUGCCAGGCCGCUGGUGUCAAGAUCAUUGUGUCUCUAGGAGGCGCCUCUGCCUCUUACGCUCUGACUUCCCAGGAGGAAGCUGAGACUAUCGGCCAGUACCUCUGGGAAUCGUAUGGUGGUUCCGGAAACACCUCUGUGCCUCAUCCCUUUGGCAAUGCCACCGUGGACGGCUGGGACUUUGAUAUCGAGAGCAACCAAGGUAACCAGUACUUCCAGUACAUGAUUUCUAAGCUGCGCUCCAACUUUGCUUCCGACACGAGCAAGACCUACUACAUCACCGGUGCUCCUCAGUGCCCUAUCCCUGAACCCAACAUGGGAGAGAUCAUCAGCAACUCGACCUUUGAUUACCUCUGGGUUCAGUUCUAUAACAACAACGGAUACGCACCCGACCCUUGCUCCCUGGGAUUCAACGGCGGUGCUCCCUUCAACUACAAUGAAUGGGCCAAAUACCUUGCCGGCACUCCAUCCAAGGACGCCAAAAUCUUUGUCGGUGUGCCCGCCUCGACCCUGGGCGCCAACGGUAACAGUGGCGGCGCAGAGUACUACAUCACCCCGGCCGACUUGGCCAGCCUCGUUGCUGAUACCAAGGGCAACUCGACCUUUGGUGGUGUGAUGAUGUGGGAUGCUGGCUACUCCGACUCCAACGUCGUCGACGGCUGCACUUAUGCCCAGCAAAGCCACAGCAUUCUGACGACCGGCUCUCCUUGCUGA